GAGAAGGAGGGGGAGCGAUCGCUGAGCCAAAGGAGGAGGACGCUGGUGGCCACGCUGAGGGAGGUGAAGGGAGGCGCAGAGACCAUGGGCCUCAAGGAGCCCACACUGCCGGCCCUGCAGCAAAGGUUGCGGACGUUGACAGAUAUGGAGAGCAGGCUAGCUGCUCUGUGGACGGAGCUGCAGAGUCUGCAGGAAGCAUCUGCAAAGAUGACCAAUCGGAAGACAGAUCCCAAAGAGCUGGGCACGCUGUGGGAACAGACCCAACUGCUGGUCAAAGAGAGGCGUGAGCAAUGCCAGUGUGUGAUGGAGCUGCUGAAGAGGUUCCAGGGCUGCCGCAGUCGCCUGUGCCUGGUCCUGCAGCAGGCUGAGCAGACCAUCGGAGAGCAGGCCUCCUACAUGGGCAAGGACAACCUGCACCGCCUCCUCCACAGAGUGACGGCCACUAAGGCGGAGCUGGGUGGCCUGGGUGAUGGCGUUGAGGAGAUCCGGGGGGUGUGCAGACAGCUGCAGCACCAGCUGCGGGGGAUCCCCGACUGCGUCGACACCCCGUUUGAGAAUGAGGCCGACGCCAUCAUGGACCGCUGGCUCGAUGUGAUGGAGCGUACAGACUGCUACCUGGAUAACCUGCGGGUGAGCCUGGCACUGUGGGACAAACUGCUCCUGCUGGGGGGAGAGGUGGAGGGUUGGAUGACCAGGAAGAUGACCUCCUUCGUCCAGCAGGCCCAGCCCUUCCAGAGCGAGUGUGAGGUCCUCAGUAUGCAGGAGGAGAUAAAGUCCCAGGAGGAGAAUGUGGAGCACUUCCACCGCCGCUCCUGUGAGAUCCAGCACCUUCUCCAGAGCCAGGAGGCACCGCUGGAGCUACAGGUGAUGGAGAGUCAGCUGAGGAACAGGAUGGAGCAGGUCAGAGAGCUAUUCGCCGAGAGCACCGACGUCUUCAAGGAGCUGCUGGCCGCCAAGGGCCAGGUCAGUGCCAAGAUGGCCACCUGCCAGACGGCUCUGCAGAGCAUCCAGGACAACCUGAGGAGCUUGGAGAGCACUCAGGGACAGCCUCUCUUUAAGAAACUACAGGAGCUCUCUGGUGAACUGGACAUGCAGGCUGGGCAGGUGGGCGCGCUGCAGCGGGAGCUGGGCCUGAUGUCCAGCGUGGCCAGCCAGCAGACGCUGCAGGCGCUGACCGCAGAUGCCACACAGCUGCACAAGAGCGUCUGCACAGCCAAGGAGCUGCUCAAGCAGACCAAAGAGCAGGCAGAGAACACUCACAGGCUGGCUGAGGGGCAGAGAGAGUUGCAGGAGUGUCUGAAAUCUACGGAGCACUGGGCCCUGGAGUCUCAGGAGGACCGUGAUGGCCUUCAAGUGGAGAUGACCAGACAGAGUGCUUGCGUAGAGGCCUUCCGUGCGCUCAUAACCUCAGUUCAGGGAGGGGGCGCGGAAAAUGCCAGCCUCCUGGAAAACUGCUGGAAGCUUCUAGAACGCCACGACCACCUCCAGGCUCGGCUCCAGAGUACCCCACACGGGUCACUCCUCCAGGAGGAGAAGAGCAUCCCACAGGGGUCACUCCUCCAGGCUCGGCUCCAGAGCACCCCACAGGGGUCACUCCUCCAGGAGGAGAAGGAGAAGAGCAUCCCACAGGGGUCAUUCCUCCAGGAAGAGAAGGAGAAGAGCAUCCCACAGGGGUCACUCCAGGAAGAGAAAAGCAUCCCACAGGGGUCACUCCUCCAGGCUCGGCUCCAGAGCACCCCACAGGGGUCACUCCUCCAGGAGGAGAAGGAGAAGAGCAUCCCACAGGAGUCACUCCUCCAGGAGGAGAAGAGCAUCCCACAGGGGUCACUCCUCCAGGAGGAGAAGGAGAAGAGCACCCCACAGGGGUCACUCCUCCAGGAGACGGAACUCCAGACCCUGGCAGAGGAGACGGAGGCUCAACUUCAGAGUUCCCCCCAGAGCACCUCACAGGAGUUACUCCUCCAGGAGGAGACGGAACUCCAGACCCUAGCAGAGGAGACGCAGGCCUGGGUCAGAGAGACGCAGCAGCGCCUAAAGACCCUGGGCACCGGGACCCAGCGGAGCCUGGCUCAGACCCAGGAGAGACUGCAGCAGGCUAAGGCGGUGCUGUCUCUGAGACAGGAGGGCGACUCGCGGCUGGAGGAGCUGAGGACUCGGGCUCAGAAGCUGUCCCAGCGGGAGGGCCUGCUAGAUGGGGGCCAACGCAGAGACGUCCAGCACCUCGUCCAGGACACAGAGGCCCAGUGGGUCACCUUGCAGCAGGAGGCGAAACAGCUGAGCAGACUCCUGCAGGGUGUGGUAGAGAGGGCCUCUUCCUGCCAGGACCAGCGGAAGCAGGCCUGCCUCCGUCUGGAUGAUCUCCGGGGCCAGGCGGCCGCCCUGCCGCGUCUUUUCCCCUGGCCCGGUGUGGCGGAGAGGCAGCAGGCGGCCGAGCGGUCCAGGGCCCUCCUGGAGAGAACCAAGAUGCUGGGGCCGGCGCUGUCCGCUCUGCGGGCCCAGAGGAAGGAGCUGGUCCGCCUGACGCAGGACCCCAGCUGGACGGAGCCGUCCUGGGCAGUGCUGGAGGACGGAGUCCCUGACCUGAUCAGAGAGCUCAAUGAGUUGUGUGGCAUGUUAGAGAGUAGCAUUCAGAAGGAGCAGCGUUGUCAUGACUCACUGCAGCAGUGUGGUGAAGGCCUGUCCUCACUACAGGAGAGGAUUCAGCGGUCAGGACUACAGACCACAGGCGCACAGAGCUGGAGGGAGGACGCCAAAGCUCUAGCGGUCUUGCACCAGGCCAUAGAGAGGGUGGACAGGGACAUCAAGGAGGCCACUGCCCUCUCCUCUUCCCUAACCAAGAGCCUGUCCAAACACGGUCAGUCCGCCCUUACAGCACAGCUCCAGAGUCUGCAGGACUCGCGGGCCGUUCUGGAGAAGAUGACCCAAGACAGGCUGGCUGAGCGAGAGAGACAGAAGCAGGAGGAAGCUAAGAGACUCAUGCAGGAGACCUCCAGCCUGCAGAGGGCGCUGCAGGGUCUGAAUGCUGCCCUGGAGCAAGAGCUGAAAGCUGGGGAGCAGCAUAAUGGUGUUGACCAGCUCCAGAAGCACUGGGUCAACUUGAAGGCCCUGAAGUGCCAAGAGGAGGACCUCAUCUUGCACUUGCAGAAGCUGCAGGGUUCUGAGAGGGCAGAGAGUCCCUUGUCAGAGGAGGUAGUUUCAGCCCUGGGGACCCUCACCAAGCAGUCAGUCAGCCUCAGCAUGUCCCUGUCCGAGAGUCUGAGGGUGUGUAAGGAGCGGACGGUACUCAGUGUCCGUGAGUCUAUCCAGGCCCUGCGCCUGUGGAGCCAGAGUCAGAGUCAGCAGCGGCCCCAGACAGCCCAGUCUACAGAGAUGGCGCUGCAGGAGGGAGAGACGCUGAGACGGAACCUGCAGGGGGCGCUGUUGCACACAAACUUUCUGAACAGCAUCGUGGGCCAGCAGCUCAUGCAAAGUCUGGAGAGAGAGGGGACAGACGCUCUGACGGACAGCACCACUCAGCUCGCGGGCCUAUCACAGAGCCUUCAGUUGGCUAAGAGUCCAGUGGAGGCGACACGCGCUACGUCAGCUCAAGAGACAGUAGCACAGAGUGGAGCAGAGGAGAGAGCAUCACAGACCCUGUCCACAGAGACUCCCUCUAGUCUCUCUGUGGAGCCUACCUCAGGGCAGAGAUCACCUGAGGUUCAAAGCACGCCAGCCAAGACAGUGGACAGUGAUGCACAACACGCUAAGAGCAAUUCUGAAGUGGGUGCUCAAGUGAUGGCAACACAGAGCAUGUCACAGACCCUGUGCACAAAGACUCCUUCUGAACUCUUUGUGGAGCUUACCCUAGGCCAGGAAUCUACUGGGGUUAGUAGCCCACCAGCCAAGACAUUGGACAGUGAUGCACAAAAGACUCCUUCUAAACUCCCUGUGCAGCUUACCCGAAGGCAGGAAUCUACUGGAGUUAAUAGCAUACCAGCCAGUAAUGCACAGCAAGCUGAUGGCAGCUUUGAACCAGGCACUACCUUGAGGUCAAGCCAUAUUAGCAACACAACUGUGAAGGCUGAUGAUCACAGGGAAGAGCCGGAUGGCCCUCCAAAGCCCGUGUUGACCAUUGUCCUGGACGCCGACCUCACUGGUGCUAGCGACAGCCAACCAGCAACAGAUAUUUCCAUUUCUAGACCCCUUCAGGAUAUGUCCAAUCACUCUGAUGCUGUGACCACUCAGCAGAGUGAAGGCAUGAAUGUACCAGAUACGAGUCUGAAACACCAGAAGGCGCAAACAAAACAUCCACUUGAACUCACAGCAAGGGAGCAUCCAGAGCUAAAUCAGGAAGAGGUCCUCCCUUCACCCAAAAAAGUAGCUACUAUUAUUUUGGAUGCGGAAUUGUCCCAAAAUGAAAAUAUUUCCACAGACACAGCAGCAACACAGCUUAGUGAACCCAAGCAGUCAGACUAUACAUCUUUCCAUGACGAGUGCAGUCCUGAUGAACUAGAGAGCACCAAGCAAGAGCCUAGUACAGCGUCACCAAGUCAGGAAUCUGGAGAGGGUAAAAAGGCCAUGCAAAACUAUGAGGGUUCACACCUGGUUGAGCACACCAAGCCCAAGAAGGUUUUCACUAUAAUUCUAGAAGCUGAUGUGUCUACAAAUGAGUCAAUGGACAGUCAAAUCAGAGAACCCAUAGAGAAAAGGAGCUCUGAGGUUUCAAGUUUACCAUCAGAGAAUAGCUCUGGGGAUCAGCAAAAACAGCCAGAAAUCUCAGGGUUACCUGAAAAUGUUGGUACAUCUGUGGCAGAUGGUGAUGGCUAUGGAUCCCCUGAGUCAGUGCUCUCUGAAAGGGAAGCUGAACUUGACCUUUCCAAGUUGAAGUCACAGGAUGUGCUAUUGCAGCCAGUGGUCUCAUCUGCCUCACUUCUGGACACAACGCGCAGCAGCACCCCCACUGACCCUGUGCUCAGAGUUGCUCAGAUAGUCCUGGAGUCUAAAGAGACUGACCCAAUUCACAUCACUCAAACUGAUGGACUUACACAAAAGGACUUACAGGGGGCAAACUCCUCGGGACAAUCACAGAGUAUUGAUAUCAGCCUAAUAGUUACUAGAAACAAGCACCAGGGACAGGACGUCAAUAGUGUGACAUCAGAGAGCGCAGACGCUGAAGGAGAAACAGGCACCAGGAGGCCAGAGGCGUCUGAUCAGGGAGUGUCUGAAGAGGCCAACGUUGUUAGUGUGUCUCCCAGUCAUGGGCCUGAUGCUGUUUCCAUUUCACACGUUAAAGAUAAAGUCGACACGCAGACCCGCGGUACAGAGCUGUUACAAUCGGACCCCUCACACCAAGAUGACCCAGAUCCCCAGGAGCCGAUCCAUACCCAGUCACUCAAGAAAAUAUCUCCAAUGACCUCCAAAGCAGAAAUGCAUACCCUGGAGGAUGACAAUACUGAUCUGCCAAAGAUAGUCCCAGACCCUCAGGACCAAGUUAAGAUCACAAAGGACAGAAGAGUACAACGAACUGCAAAAGACCUGAUUGCCGGAGACAGGGCUUUAGGGGUCACUGUGGAAUUGCCCCAGGGACUAGAAGAUGGAGACACUCUUCUGGUCAUUCUGGGUGAUGCUGAACCAGUGGUGGGAGCCCACAGUCUUGUGGGAGGUGAACCAAUGGAAGCCAUCUCAUGCCUCCAGCCCACGGUGGCGGAACCAGCGACCCGACUCGGGAGGGCGGUUCACAGGGUUCUGGGCUGCCGGUACCAGCCGGCUCAGCUCAACCCUCUGGUCAUGGCCCUGCAGCUACAGGAAGCAGAAAGCUGCAGACAGCGUGUGCUACAGCAAGUGGCCGCUGUGUCUCACCAAGAAGCGGACAGGGACCUGCAGUCCGAGGCCACGCAGCGCAUGGAGGGUAGUUGGAGCGCCGCCCUGCUGAAUGCAUCAGCCACAGUUCAGGUUAAAGAGGCCCAGCUUCUCCAGGUCAAGCAGUACCACCAGCAAACAGAGGCUCUAAGAGCCACCCUUCAGAGAUUCACAGCUGAGAUGGAGAUGCUAAACCUGGAUAAUUUGGGAAGCACCUCCAUUCAAGCAGAAAAAUUGCAGACAUUCUUGAAGGGUAUGGACCAAGAGAAGGACAAGAUAGGAGAACUGCUACAAACCUGCUGCCAGGUGUCUGCCCACCUGAGUGAGGCAGAUGGACCAGUAGCACUCCUUGCCCAGGUAGAAGGCCUUCAAGAGGGGUGGCAGAUAUUACAGGGGACCGCAGACAGAACCCUGAGGCAUGCCACUGCUUGUACAAUAGAGACGUCUGCUGUGCUUCAAGAGGCCAGGGAAUUAGAAUGCAAACUGGAGAAUAUCCACACCUCUAUGGAUUCAUUGCAGUCCUCAACACCACUCUCAGAUUGCCAGAUGGCCGUGCAGCUCACUGUGACUGCUUCAGAGCUAACCACUGCUAAUGAGCAGUACUUCAACCUUCUUGGGAUUUUUGAAGCGUUCAACCAAAACUUUCUCGGGAAGAAGGAACAGCAUGAGAUGGAAGAAGUCCUGCUGCACUUGAAGGCACAGUUGGAUCAUACUCAAGAACAGCUCCUCAGCAAUGUCACCUCUGUGAGUGACUCUUCAGUAGCUAAACUAAUAGAAGUAGUUCAGAACUUUCUUCCGUGGGCUAAACACGUAGAGCAACAAGUCGAAGCAAGGAGAAAAGUAGCUCUGUUCUCUGAACAUGCCCACCACCAGCUUACUAACAUUAAGAGGCUCCAGUCAGAGGUUUCUGCCAGGCAAAGCCAAGUCACAUCUGUGGUGGAGGAACAGAAGGCCUUGCUCUUAGGCCUGAGGGAAGAUGAUGUUUCAGUGAUGUUAUCUUUAUUGGAGGAUUUAGAGGAUACUUAUCAAGUAAUUUCAGAAAAGAUCACUCAUGCAAUUGAAGAGGUGAACCAGGCUCAACAGUCAAGAGAGAAAAUGUGGGCUCAGAUUUCAGAAGUCAGUACCUGGUUGGUGGCUCACAUCGAGAAGGAAGGUAGCAGGACCAGAGAUUCAAAGCUAAAGGCAAGCGUAGCAGACUUGAAGGUUGGACUGCAAUGGCAUAGCGCUACCCUGAAAGAAGCCGAAAAGCAAACUGCUGUCAUUGAAGGCCUCCUGGAGCAAUGUUCCAUUAUAAUCCCCGACCUUAGCAUUGGAGAGAGCCAUUAUCUCAUCGACCGGCUUACAAUUCUACAAGCAGAGGUCUCAGGGGUGGCUAGCUCUGAGCGAGCUGCUUGCUGGGAGCUUGAAGAGCUACUUCAUGCCCAGGAGACCACAGCUGAAGAGCUGACCACCAUCCAGAAGAGCAUUAAGCAGAUAUCCAUGGACCUGGAGAGACAAAGGUUCCCGGUGACUAGUGCCUCUUUAUCUGCCGUUGAGCCACUGAGGCACAUGUUGGUUGAGUACCAGUGCCAUGUGCAAGAGCUUCAGCACUGCCAGGAGUCGCAGAAGAAGGGGCUGCUGCAGACCAUUCACACCCUGCAGGCCAAGGCAAGGAUGCUCGACAUCCAAGCCCGUGAACAUGAGAAGUACCUGAACUACAGGAAGCGAAUGGAGGACUCCAGGGAGGUGGUGAAGAAGGGGAUCCCUCAGACGAGUGACCGGACGGUGGACCGGAGAGAAAGGCUGCAGGUCUGCAGGGCCCUACUGAUGGAGCUCCCCCUGGUGAAGCAGCAGUGUCAGCAGGCUGCUGAUCAGCUGGAGGCCAUCUCGGGAGACGUCUACCCGUCUCAGCUGACGUCCGAGCGGCAGAAAAUCCACCGGACGCUGGAGAGCCUGGCCUCCUGGGAGCUGACCAUUCACAAUGAACUUUGCAGCAUAGAGCACAAGCUGUUAGACGGACUCGCUUGCCCGGCAGAUCUCACAGCCAUCGCUAAUGUCUUCCAUAAAGCCAGACAAGAGCUUCAGCGAGCUGCCUGCCUCGAUCCAAACGAGCAAGCCAUAGUGAGGGAGUUGCAGAAGUGUUCGGCGCUUCAGAGGAGUAUGGAGAGCGGACUAAGAGUGCUGGAGGCUCUAGAGCAUAGGGGAGGAACUGAAGAGGAGGCUCUCAGAGAACUGUCUCACUACGGAAAAAAGAUCUCCAGAGAUUGCAAUAUUAGAAUGGACAAUCUGUCUCAGGCUUGGGAGGCUCUCAAAGACUAUCAGUGGUCAGUCCAAAGAGCUGUCAGGUUCCUGGACGACACAGAGCCCAGGCUCUUGUUAGACCUGACUGGCACCAGAGACUGCCAAGAGGAGCUGAAAGCUACCCAGCAGACCGUGGCUUCCCUCAAGGACAGCUUCAAGGCUCAAAUGGACCGCCUGGGGAACCUGGUGCCCAAGCAGACCUGCUUCUCCACCGUGGAAACCCAGAAGCUUCACAUCCAGGUCCUGAGUCUGCUGUUAGUGAGGGAGGCUAUGUUGGAGGCCCAGGGUCAGCUGAGGACAGAGACUUUGAAGAAGUCCUGCAAGAGGAGGUGUGGUGCCUGGCUGGUCGGCUGGAGCAACUGAGGGGGGUCUGCCCGUCGCUGCCGCUGGACUGUGGAGUGCGGGCGGAGCUGGGCCUGCCGCUGCUCUGGAGGCAGUGGGCCUUGCUCAAGCGCCGCGUCGGGGUCCUACGAGCGCGCUCAGUGCAGAGAGACCAGGAGUGGAAGGACGCCUCACUGAGUAUGGAGAGGUGUAGCCUGGCCCUGGAAGGCCUGAGCCGGGAGCUGCCCGACCCCGCCACGGUGAGGGGUUCCCUGGACGAGCUGCGGGCCCUGCUGGCCCUGACGGAGCUGCAGCAGGAGUGGCUGGACCGCGAGCAGCAGGCCCUGGCUUCCUCUCAGGCCCUCAUCGGCCGGCUCCUGGGCCCCCGCGCCUGUCGCGACCCGCACAAGCCCGUCCAGAUCUGCCAGGAGCUGCAGAACCUCCAGAGCCACUGCAGGGGACUUAGAGAGAAGUGCAUGCUGGUCCGACGGACGGCACUGACGGAGAUUCAGGAGCGAGGCCGAGACCUGGAAGGGAUAGACGCCGUACGGCAGAGGGUGGCAUCCUUGGUCCCGCUCCCGAAGGCCCACCAUGAUGCCCCUCAUGCACAGGAGGCCAAGUUAGAACUGGGCAGUCAGCGAGCUAAACUGGAGGUGAUCAUUGAGGGAGUAAAGAAACGCUACCAGGAGGUUCCUCAGGGUCUCCAGGCUCCUCUACAGGAAGUCAGUCACUCCCUGCAGGAAGUGGAAGACAAGCUAGCAGCAGCAGCAGCCUCCCAGCAGAGUGGUCCCCAGCCCCAGCACAGGCUGAGUGACCAGGCCAGAGAGGUCACUGCAGGUCUGGGGAAGGUGCAGGACCUGCUCCAGCAAAGCAGAACCUCUGUGGCGGGAGCCGAAGGCACACUGAAGUGUGUGUGGGACGAGCUGGACCGCUGGCACUCGCGUCUGGCUGUCUUGGAGGCCGAGGUGCAGGAGGUGGCCAUGGAGCAGCCUGACCAGGCUCACACCCUCAUGGACGACCUCACCGACCCCCUGCAACUCUACCAGACGAUUUCCAAGCAGGCAGAGCAAAGGACAGCCUUCCUUAGCAGGAUCCCAGCCUGUCUUCAGGAGUACGAGGACUUGCUCAACAGCGCCACCCACUGGCAGGAGGAGGCAAAGUCAUGGCUGAACACACCUCGCACGUACAACAGUGCCAAGUGUCUUCACGGCCAUGCCGUCUCGCUUCAGAUGGUUCUAGAGGAUUCUGAGCGAAUCCGGGCAGCGCUGGAUGCCUUUCUGCCCGUCAUGCAAGAGAUCUCGCCAGUGUGUGACACAGACGCCAUGCAGGUGCGCCUGAAUAAGGCCAUCCACAAAGUCACACACAUGCAGCAAAGCAUCAUGGAACCUCACGCCCAACUUCUACACGUUGCUGAGGAGGUGGAUGCCAUUGAAAAAGAAGUGAAAACCAUGGAGAAGAACGUCACCAAGAUCAACACCAUCUUGUCCAGCAUGGACACAGAGAACGCAUCUGGGAAUGAGCAGCUGCAAUACUGUCAGGUGAUUCUGGAAAACAUCUGCUCCAUGAGGCGGACUGUGUCGGAGAUCGAGCACUGCCGACUGGGUCUAGGGCUACCCCGUGGUGCAGAGGACACCCUCGUCGUCUUCCAGCGAGCCCAGACCCUCCAGCAGCCCCUGCAGGAGCUGGAGCAGCACACCAAGGAGCAGAGCGCCAGGCUGGAGGAAGCGCUGUCCAUGGACUUCAGUCAUCAUCUUAGUGGCCUCGAUGCGGCAAUGUCCUCCCAUCAAGCUCUCCCCUCUCUCGGUGCUCUGGACCCUGACCAGGACCAGACAUUCGGGGAUGAUCAAGGUUUUGAGUUUGACACAACUUCUCCCACUGUGGUCAUGGCAACGGAAUCACCUCCCCGGUGCAGUCCAUCGGUAUCCAAGGAAACGGCAUCAGUAACCAUGGCAUCUGAAGACAUCGUUGAGGAGAUUGGGUCAUUAGCGUCAAAAGCACUAUGGACACCAGCCAAAAUACUUGAGAGGACUGGCGGUGACCUGAAAGCUACUGAGCACAUUAGCAAGGCGAACGGGGAGGCCAGCACAGAGACAGGACGUGUUUACAAGGAGCCAGAUUUGACAAGCCCGACGGAGCCUAAACCAGUUCUGAAGGAUUUGGAGUCCAUACCCAAGGAUACACAAUCCGUUUGUAAGGAACCUGGUUCUCUGACAAUGGAGUCAAAAUCAGCCACCGUGGAGCUCCCUUCCAUUAUCAGUAAGGCUGAGGUCAUAACCAAAGAACAAGCAUCAACAACCAAGGAGUUCACAUCCGUCAUCAACCAGCCAGCAAGAGUUCUCUCUUUACCCAGUGGUCAACCAAGACCAGCGCAUACGAGUGUGACUGACCCACAGAUGGAAUCUGCAGUAGUGGGUGAUGAACUUCAGGGUUCGCCCACAGAAUCAGAGAGCGCCACGCUCUCCACUGUUCUCCAUGACCAGAACCUUUCAGCCUCCCCUGUGGUCACGGAGAGCAUUGCUAAGCCCCCUGAGUCGCUCCUGUCACCUCCAGACAAGACUCAAGGGCCUGCGGAAGACUCUCGUUUGCAUAGCCUCAAGGAACCAAUGGAGUUGAGUGUGGAAGCUGCUAUUACUGUUCCCAUCCAGGAAAAGACUCCUGCAAGACCACAGACUGCUGUAGACAGUGUACCAGCCCAGCCUGAGGAGGGCGCUAUAGCCAAAGGGAACCUGGCGAUCCUCCUGGGCAGCCUCUCAGGAAAGCCAGAGCUGGAGAGCCCUGCGUUCAUCUUACAGGAGGCCGUGGCCAAACACACUGACCCCAGCACAGUCACAGCAGGCCAUCCCAGCCUACGGUGCGCGUCUGGCAGAGAGUUGACCUCUCUGAUUUGCCGUGCUGAGGCCACGGGGUCGGACGUGGAGCUGCAGGCUCGUGCUGAGGCUCUCCUGAAAGGUGUGUCCACUCUGCUACAGCUGGGCAGUCAGCGUCUGCAGCACAGCCAGGACACCAAACUAUGCAGCCGUAGCCAGCUGCACCCCCUGCUCAGCAGGCAUAAGAAGUUCUUCCAAGACGUGGGGCGUCACUGGGCUGUGCUCCAGUAUGUGUCCCAGCGACUGCCACUGGGGGCGCUGCAGAGCCUGGCUGAGCUGGAGGAGCAGGUGGACACGCUACAGAAACAAGCUGUGGACCAGGGUAGCCAGAUGCGCAGGAACCUGCAGGAGUGGAGCCAGUGGGAGGAGGCGAGCGGGAGGCUGGCCCGGUUGCUGGACGAACUGGAGGCCGGUAUGCCCAGCGGGACCCCCCAACAGGAGCCCGAGGGCCAGCUGCAGGAGAGGGCAGCUGCACAUCAGCACCUGCGGCAGCUUUUGGAGGAGAGCCGGCCUGAGUUUGGACUGGUCCUGGAUCAGUGCAGAGCCCUUGAGGACAGGGGCUGUAGCCCUUUGGGCACGAAAACCACUGUGCCAGGAUCAGGUCUGGAGCUGCGCUGGGCCUCCGUGCACAGGAGGCUGAUGAUGGAGGAGACACUCUCAGAUCAGAUCAGGGAACAGUGGGAGAGAUUCCAGCGAGACUCCCAGUCCCUGCAGGAGUGGUUGGCCGAAGCCAAGGAUCAGCUGCAGGCCUGGGGGUGCCACCCUGAAUCAGAGCCCCGGGAUCUCAGCUGGACCCAGCUCACGCUGCUCAUGGGUCUGGGUCAGCAGACGGAGGUGCGGCGUGCCCAGUGGUCGUCUGCCUGUGACGCUGGCACGCAGCUGCUGCAGCUGAUGGACAGCGAUGCCCCGUGCCUACGGAAGCGCCUGGCACAGCUGAAGCAGAGCUGGGCAGAUGUGACGUCCACUCUGCCAACACUACAUAGCUGGACGAAGCAGAUCGUGUGUGCGCUGCCUGCCCAUGAGCUGCUGUUGGACCUGAGCGCUUGGCUGGGCGACGUGGAGAAGAGACUGGACGAGGAGGAGGCGGAGAUGCUCCAGGAGGUCACGGAUGCCCUCGGACAUGCCAGUCAGCUCAAACACUGCCAGGAUCUGAAGGCUGAGAUCUCCGGUCACCAGCCAAGCAUGGACCAUCUGAGCCAGCUGGUGGAGGAGGCUGGCCACGUGAAGGACGAGGCGGACAGAGAGGAGAGGACGCUUCUGGCCGAGCAGGUUGGAGCGCUUCACCUGCGCUGUGUCCUACUGCAGGCCAAGGCUGACAAUCAGGUGCGGCAGGUGGAGGACCGUCUGCACGUGUGCUCUCAGAGAGAGGGCCGUCUGCAUCGUCUGCACAGCUGGCUGUCCGCACAGAGGAAGAUGCUGAGUGGGUAUGAGAGACCAGACAGCUGCUUUCACAUUGAGAAGGCCCUACAGGAGCUUCAGGACAUUGAGGAGAAGCUCAGUCUGAAAUCCGUGGAGCUGCUGGAGUUGAAAGCUGUCCGUUUGUCCGAGGAUAAGGAGCACUCCAGUGACCGGACCUUCUCUGUGCUGGUGGAUGAUGUCACGCAGGACCACUCUCUUCUUACGCAACAGGUGGCCACCCUCAGACCCUCUCUGUGCCAGGUCCGGGAUCAGUGGGGCGAGUUUGAGAGGGAGCUGGCAGAGGGCGCGCUGGUGAGCGCCAGGACCCAGUACGGUCUGGAGCAGCAGCAGAGGACGCCAUGCCUGUCCCUACAGGAAAGCAGUGACCACGUGGACCAGAUGCAGGCCCUGCAGCAGCAGGCAGAGGAGGGGGCUGACCUCUGGUCAUCUGUGGACGCUGCACUGGUCAGCCUGCGCGAGAGAGUGAGUUCUGAUGCCGGCCGCCUGCUGACGGAGCGAGUGGAGAGGGAGAGAGCGCGGUGGAUGUCGGUGGUGGAGGUGGCGAGAGAAGAGCACCGUCAGAGUCGGGCGCUGCUGCAGUUGUGGCAGGAGUAUGUCCGUCUGACGGGCAUCUGCUCUGGGCAACUCACCCAGCUCUGGGAGCAGUGCCGAGGACCCCCAGCAGCCACAGCCGGAGCCCCUGAAGACACUGAGGGAGACCCCACGGAACACAUCCAAGCCAGCCUGGAGUUUCUUAGCGAUAUUCAACUGGGAAUGGAGGGUUUGCAGACCAGUGUGGGACAAGUAUUAGAGGCUGCCAAGCUUCUCAUUGGCCAGAUAGAACCCCAAGGAGCUGCUCUGAUCCAAUCAGAGACCAGGUUGUUAUCACGCGACAUUGUUCACUUGGGCCAGGCACUUAUUUUGAGACGGGAGCAACUUCAGGAGGACUUGGAGCAGUAUCAGAACUUCAGUGGUCUGCUGGACUCCCUGGAGCUUCAUCUGAGGGGCUUUGAGAGUGGCCUUCUCAGACCCAACUCCAGUCUGGACAACCUCAAGAGGGGUCUGCUGGAGCUGAGUGGGCUGGCUCCUGACCUGGGCACUCUGAAUGAGCUGAGCAUCGGCCUCCGUCUGACUGACACAGCUGAGGGGAGACUUAGGACACUCAAUGACCAGUGGCUGCAGGUCUUCAUUCAGGCCACAGACAGAUACAGGGAGAUGCACACCACACAGCUAUCUAGCCAAAGCUUUAAGCAGCGGUGUGAGGACUGGUUUGCCCUCCUGCAGAAGAUGGAGGCUGACCUGGCCACAGACAUCUGCUCCACUCAGCCAGCCAUCCGGGAGCAGCUUACACGUCACCAGAAGCUGAAGGUGGAGAUGUUUGUUGGGCAGCUGCUACUUCAGUCAGUGGUCAGGGAGGCCCUGCAGCUUCUGGAGAGUGGACCAUCCAAAGACAACAACUUGGUCGUUAGGCUGACGGAGCGGCAGGAGCGCUGGCAAGAGGCCCUGCGAUUGGCCCAGACGCGCGGCACCCUGCUGCAAGGAAUGAUGGGAAAUUGGAGGACCUUGUCCGGAGGCCAGAGGAGGCUGUGGAAGCUGCUGAGUGACCUGGAGACUCUACUGCCCCCUGCUGGUCUGGCAGCAUGCAGUCUGCAGCAGCUCCGAGGCGUCAUCCGUGACUUCCAGUGGGCUCAGAAGGAGCUCCAGGACCACGCGGCUCUGUACACUCGGGUGCUGAAGGCCAGCCGAGAGCUCGUCCCCAGGCUGGACGGGCAGGCCCAGACCCACGUGCAGGAGGACCUGGACGCCCUGAGGAAGUCUUGGGAGGACACGCAAAGACUUCUGGGAGUCAGGAAGGCUCUGGCGGAAUCAGUCAUACUGACUUGGAAGCGCUGUGAGACAGGACUAGCCGAUAGCACACACAAGCUGGAGGAGAUCAAAGCCAGUCUGGAGCAGCCGCUGCCAGAGAAUCUGGAGGAGUUGUGCAAAGAGGAGAACCUCUCCAAGGCGCAUCAGGAGGCUCUGGAGGUGUGGGGCGGACGGCUGCGGGAGCUGGACACCAUGAAGGCGGACGCCUCUCAGUACGUGCUGGCCAGCGACACGGCACUGCUCCAGGGACAGCUGGACCAACUGAAUGGACACUGGGAGGAACUUUGCCUCAAGGUGUCCUUGCGUAAGCAGGAGAUUGCUGACCGGCUCCACGCCUGGGUUGUGUUCAACGACAAGAACAAGGAGCUGUGUGAGUGGCUGGUGCAGAUGCAGAGCAAAGUGGCCCACAGCGGCGAGCACCUCAGCAUCGAGGAGAUGGUGGACAAACUCAAGAAGGAUUGCAUGGAGGAGAUCAACCUCUUCAGCGAGAACAAGAGCCAUCUGAAGCAGCUCGGGGAGCAGCUCCUGUCCGCCAGCGAUAAGACCAAAGAGGCCGAGGUCCACGGGGCAAUCCGCGACGUCAACGCCCGGUGGCAAAGUCUCUUCGACCACAUCGAGACCAGGGUGAAGAAGCUGAAGGAGACGCUGGUGACGGUGCACCAGCUGGAUAAGAACAUGAACAACCUGCGCACCUGGCUGAGUGGUGUGGAGAACCAGCUGUCUCAGCCCGUCCUAUACAGCGCCUGCCACAGCCAGGAGAUCCACAGGAGACUGGCAGAGCAGCAGGAAUUGCAGCGUGACAUCGAGCAGCACAAGGACAGUGUGGCGUCAGUGCUGGUGCUGUGUGACGCGCUGCUACGUGACGAGGACGCGUGUGAGAGCAGUGGAGGAGGAGGAGGUGGAGGUGGAGGAGGUGUUGGUGUGGAGGGAGACUCCAUCCAGCAGACCACCCGCAGCCUGGACCAGCGCUGGAGAAACAUCUGUUCACUGUCCCUGGAGAGGAGGCUCAGGAUUGAAGAGACAUGGAGGCUGUGGAGUAAGUUCGAGGAGGACCACUCGCGCUUCCAGGAGUGGCUGAAGGGGGCAGAGCAUGUCGCUGCCAAUCCCAACUCCUCCGACGUCCUCUACACUGAUGCCAAGGAGGAGCUCAAGAACUUUGAAGGCUUCCACAGGGAGGUCAACGAGCGUCUCACCCAGCUGGAGGUAAUCAACCACCAGUACCGGCAGCUGGCCCGAGAGAACCGGACCGACUCGUCCAGCCAGCUCAAGGCCAUGGUGCGCCUGGUCAACCAGCGCUGGGAUGCACUGCAGAGGCGGACAGCGGCCAUCCUGCGGAGGCUGAGGUACUUCACAUCUCAGAGGGAGGAGUUUGAAGGGACCAGGGAAGGCCUGCUGGUUUGGCUGACGGAGCUGGACCUUCAGCUGACCAAUGUGGAGCACUUCUCCGAGAGCGACAUCCACGAGAAGCUCAGACGCCUCAACGGCUUCCAGAAGGAGAUCACCCUGAACACCAACCGCAUCGACGAGCUCAUUGUGUUCGGCGAGGCUCUUAUCCAGCGCAGCUGCCCGUCCGACGCCGCGCACAUCGAGGACGAGCUAGUCGAGCUGCACACCUACUGCCAGGAGGUGUUCCGCCGUGCCGCCCGCUUCCAUCAGCGCCUGACCAGCCCACACCUUGAGCUGAAGGAAGAACCAGAGCUCCAGCAGGCUUCCCCAGGGACAGUACCCAGGCAGGGGGCCUCCUCGGUGGGGGAGCAGCAGCCUCUGGCUCCUGUCCCCGCGUGCCUGGUGGCUCCACUCCUGGAGCGCUCUGGCCGGGAGACCCCCGUGAGUGUGGACUCUAUCCCACUGGAGUGGGACCACACGGGGGAUGUGGGCGGCACGUCCUCGCACGAGGACGACGAGGAAGGGACGUACUACAGCACCCUCUCAGAUGUGGACGUGACUGAGAGCGCAGAUGCGUUCGUAAAGGCCACUGCCCACUCGCUGGGGGAGACCUCGGGUCCAGGCAGGUCCCUGGCCAAGGCUCAGAGCUGGCACUCCCAGGACUCUCAGCUGGACCUCACCGACAGUGCCGGACACACACCCAUCCAGACUAGCACGCCGUACAAACAGGGAUAUGUUCGUCUGAUGUCGGAAUGCAGCGGCAGCAUCAAGAGUGUGAAGCGCGUAUCUCUGAUCCUGGACGAUGAGGAGCAGCAGGAGGAACAGGGCCUCACCGGCCUCGCCACUGCAGACAAGCAGUCAGGAGUGAUUGAGCGCUGGGAGCUUCUACAGGCGCAGGCCAUGACCCAGGAGCUGAGCAGCCAGAGAGAUCGCCAGCAGCUGACCUCUGACCUCAGUGACAUCACUUCCUGGCUGGGCCAAGUGACGCCCGAGCUGCAGCAGCUGCAGAAGCCCGAGCCGGACGCCACCAUCGAGGCCAUGGAGGCCAAAGUCCGGCAGCUCAAGGAGAUGCAGAAGACCUUUGCCCGCUACAAGGCCAUGAUGCUCUCUCUGAACCUGGGUGGCCAGCAGCUCCAGCAGCAGGGUGAGGGUGGUGCUGAGAGGCCCGAGUGCCUGGAGGACCCGGGGAAGCUGCAUGAGGCCCUGCGCUCCAUGAACCAGGGCUGGACGGAGGCCUGCUCACGCCUGGAGGCCUGGGAGAGCAGCCUGCGCACUACACUCAUGCGCUGCCAGGAGUUCCAUGAGACGUUGCACGCCCUCCUGCUGUGGCUGGCCCAUGCAGAUAGCAGGCGCUACACGGUGGACAUACGCGAUGAGUCCACCUCACUGACCGCCCUGCGCGACCACAUGGCCACGCUAAAGGGCCUUGAGGAGGAGCUGCGUGAGCGACAGAGGCAGGUGGGCUCGCUCCAGGAGCUCACAGCCCAGCUGCUCCCCGAGGCCAGUGCAGAAGACAGCAUCGAGGCCCGCGAGAAGCUACACGUCAUCGGUAACAAGCUGAGGCUACUGCUGCGCCAAGUGGGCCAAGACCUCUGCACCGUCCAGAAGCGACUGGACUCAGCUGAAUCGCUGCAUCAGAGCAGGCAGCUGGCAAGAAUCCCGGGAUCGAAGGAUUCCCCAUCUGAAGCAGGAGGCAGACGAUCGCCAACAGGCAGCAGGGCGGAGAAACGUGAGCCGUCCCCACAGCGCUCCUUCUUCCAGCGGGUGCUGCGCGCCGCCUUCCCCCUGCACCUGCUCUUCCUGCUGCUGCUGGUGCUCGCCUGCCUGGUGCCCCUGUCCGAGGACGAUUACAGCUGCACGCUCGCCAACAACUUCGCCCGCUCUUUCUACCCUAUGCUGCGCUACACCAACGGACCGCCACCCACGUGACAGACAACAUGAGCGCGCAUGCACGCACGCACACACACACACACACACACACACACACACACACACACAAGUACACGGAGACUGAAGCACAUAUGUAUGAUGUGGGUGCUGGUGUAUUUGGAACCGUUGUUGUCUGAAGAUGGUUUCAGCUGCACGUUCGCCAGCAAAUUCACCACUCCUUCCACCUGAGGAUGCUGUGCUUCACCAAUGACCCACUGCCUACGACACAUGCGCUCACACACAUGCACACACACACACACACACACACACACACACACACACACAUACUGUUAAAUGCAAAACAAUGAUCUGUUGAUCACACAAAUAUAGACUGACUCUCAGGCACACAUACAGUAAUAGCACUGGACCCACGCGCACACACACACACUGACCAAUUGGCUGGCCUGCUUCCAAAGCUGACCCAUCCAUUUUCUCUGACCUCUCCAAAGGGAGGGGAAAACGCCGCUACUGUCCCAAAAAAAUAGAGAAAGAAAAAAACUAUUUUUAAAACACCUGUUAUUUAUGAAUUUAUGAAAAAUUAUGAUUUUUUUUGUACUAUUUAUUCCCAGAGAGAUAAAAAGAAGCCAUACUCUGAAUGAAUUUUGAUGUAACAUUUCCUCUGAGACACUUUGUGAAACUGGCUGAAAUUUUCUAAUAAUUAAUGUGCAAGAUAUAGCAAAGCUGACUUUCUGUUUAUUUUGUUUUGUUUUGUUAGGUUUUUCUAGCUCCAGUUAACUUUCCCAAAUCAAGAUAUCGAAAAAUGACCGAAAAAAUGCAUUAUUUUGUUGUAAUGUUUUAGUCAUGAAACAAGCAGAGUAAGAAGUUCUGGUGUAAUUAUUUGAUUUUAUUUUGCUUAUGUUUUUUAGAACUACAGUGCCUGCUUUAUACUCUGCUGUAGAUUCUGUAAUACAGAUGUGUGUUGAGAAGUUACAAAAAACUCUCGGGUCCACUGGAGAAAAACUAAGAUCUAGUGAUUGACAAGGACAAGAAAGAAACACACAACUUACUCAUUUUAUUCUCUUAGCCGCACUGUCUGUCACAUAAUUCAGUUCUAUUGUGUUGUUUUAACUCAUUGCUUCACAUGGACAUUGUCAUCUUUAUCCAUGUUUAAAAUGCAUUUUAAAAGUAAUGCAUUUUAAAAGUAGUGACUGAACGGUUGAGGUUGGUUUCGUAUUUGAUUUAUGACUGUAGUGUAAAUAUUUCUUUGGUGAUCACGGCAUUGUUAAUUAUGACGCCUUGGUCAUCACACACACAUAGAUGACUUUUGAUUGUCUAUUUAUGAGAGCAAUUGGUGCGUGUCCAACAGCUGACAAUAAACAUGGUUUGUCAUUUGCAAUUG